AUGUCGGCCGCAUUCUCAAUACAGCCUAUGGGCCGGUUCUCCGGGCAAAGCCAGCCCGUGAAAAGACCAAAGCUAGGAGCAGACCUGUCCAAGGGCUUCAACACAUUCCAGAAACUAGAUGACUCGGGAGACGAGCAUCUGGACAGCUUGCUAAAAACCAUCUUGGCGCACGAAAGGAAGACUGGGAGGAAGAUUGAUGCGAAUGUAGUUACGUGGCGGGGCAUGAUGACCAAGAUUAUGGCGGCACUCUUUGAACAACAGGAUGGGAUUGCAUCUUCAUCGAAGAAAACAACGAGUAUAAACUCCAGUCGCGAGCCAAGGAAAACCAUCGCGGGCCCCGACGCGGCCCGCCUUUGGAAGUCAUGCAAUAUUGGGGUAUCUCUCUGCCUCUCCCCCCUCGUUCCUUUUCUUGUCCUCUUCACGCAAGAAUACAGAAACUCACCACCCCCCUCCCCUCCAGGCUACAAGUUUGAAACCCUAUCCACGCUGCCGAAAAUAUGGGCCGAAACAUCAAGAGAAUACAUUGAAAACCGCGAGAAUCAAGUCGUCAACAACAAGGAACAAUACUGCUCCGUCGUACGCACCGGCAUCGGAAACACCGUCCUCUGUCUAGGCGGCGAGAACACUACCCUGACAAGAAAACCAGUAUGGGACUCCAAACCCCUUCCCGGCCAGCCCAUAAACUGGGUCGAACUCAAAACCACCGCUGAGAUACGCUCUGCCCAUGACAUGGACAACUUCCACCGCAAACUCAUGAAGUUUUGGAUCCAGUCGUUCCUGCUGGGCGUCCCCAAGAUAAUCGUGGGCUUCCGCACAAGGGACGGUAUCCUGGUGGACGUCAAGGAGAUCGAGACGCACAACAUUCCGCAGACGGUAAAUUCGAGGCAAGGCGCGCAGUGGAAUGCAGACAUGUGUGUGAAUUUUGCGGGCGAGUUCCUCGAAUUUCUUCAAAAUACAAUCAACGACGAGGGCGUCUGGCGCAUACGCCGCCACCCAGCCUCCCCCACAAUCGAAGUCUUCAAAGUUGAAGAAACAGGCCACGGCAAUAUUCUCUCCGAAGAAUUCAAAAAUUGGCGAAUCAAGCUAUCCCUCGGCCCGAGCCCAGAACCGUAA